AUGACCCUAAAUCUUUGUGUACUGACUCCUAAUCGAAUCAUUUGGGAUUCAGAAGUGAAAGAAAUUAUUUUAUCCACUAAUAGUGGCCAAAUUGGUGUAUUACCAAAUCACGCACCUAUUGCAACGGCUGUAGAUAUAGGUAUUCUCAAAAUACGCCUCCAGGAGCAAUGGUUAACAAUGGCUCUGAUGGGUGGUUUCGCCAGAAUAGGCAAUAAUGAAAUAACCAUAUUAGUAAAUGAUGCGGAGAAGGGUAGUGACAUUGAUCCGCAAGAAGCUCAGCAAACUCUUGAAAUAGCUGAAGCUAACCUGAGUAGAGCUGAGGGCAAGAGACAAACAAUUGAGGCGAAUUUAGCUCUUAGACGAGCUAGGACACGAGUAGAGGCUAUCAAUGCUAUUUCGUCCUAG